UUCUCAUUGUUUUACCGAGGUCCUGUGAGUGCAUAUUGUUUCCUGCCGCUCAAAAUCGCAACAUACAGAGAUGACUACUCUUCUGGUCGUGCUCCUCUGCCUCUGCGCCUCCCUAUUCCCAACGCUAUCAACCGCCAAACAAUCUCCAGUCCACCCAGUCGGCAGCGGCGCUGAGAUCGAUCUCGAAAAUGACCCGGUAUCCGCAGAUAUUCGAGCGCAUUGGAUGCGCAGAGCCAUCUCGACUCUGAGCGACCUGCAGUCAACGUGUCCGUUUGCACCUUUCGGUGCCGUCAUCGUCAACCACACUGUUACCGAGCCUGGGGAAGGGGAGUUGGUGUGCAUCGGAGUCAAUGCGGUCCAGAUGGAUGGGAAUCCUACAUUGCAUGGAGAAGUCGCAGCCAUCAACAACUGCACCAGUAUCCUGACUGAUCCGGCCGGCAAAUAUCAACUGUCUGGGCCGGAUGCGCUCAAGGCGUUCUCCGAUUUAAGUCUGUACACCACAGCCGAGGCUUGUCCCAUGUGCUCAUCCGCAAUCCUCUACGGCGCAUUCCGCGAGUACAUCUACUCGACGCCCAUCCAUGGGCCGAACAGUCUACUCGCCCAUGGGUGGCCACAGAUCGAUCUUCCGUCAAAGGAGAUCUUUGCAAGGUCGUUGGGCAGGGAGGUCCGGACUAGGAUUGUGCCGCAGGUGCUGGCCAACGAGACGGAGGGAUUGUUUGUGUGGCAGUUCGGCGAUGGGGCGUGUCCCGCGAGCUGUGUGAAGGAACAGGAUGAGAGAGGAUGGUGCGUGGAAGGGGAAAAGCAGGAGGUACCAACUGGGAAGAAGGCGAGUCCUGGGAGAGAAUUGUGAUGGUGACGGAUCUGCGUCCACCAGGCGCAGCACGCAUUCCGCAUCAAUCUAGAUAGCGACUGAUGACGGCGAGGUGGCUUAACGGUUGUUAUGAAGAGCUGGGAUCUUGAGACAAGGCAAGCGGCAGGGUGAUUUGACGAGCGGUGUGCGACAUGUGGUGGGACGACAAAUUGAGGACAAAAUACCUUGGUGAUGUGUACAGCACAGGGAGAUAACUGCUGCACGGCUAGAUGCAGUCUUUUAUCAUCAUCUGACACGCAUUGCACUGGGCGUCUGAAACGCUAGUGCAAAUCAACUCCCAAUUCCUGUGGAGUCC